AUGGAGCGGCUCCUGGCGCCCCAGCGGCGCGGCUACCUGCUGUUCACGCUGGCCACCAUCACCAUAAUGUACACCUGGUCAUCUGUCAACCACCUGUCCGAGCUGAUCGAGGCGGAGCCCGACCUGCCCACAGAGUCGUCCAUCUUCAAGCGCGCCGAGCAGAACAUAGCCUCUCACCUGCACCUGCAGGCCGGCGUAGCGAAGUUUCGCGGCAUGGUGGGCAACCAGCUGCCCAACGGGUUGCAGGGGCAGCAGGAGCAGCAGCAGCAGAAGCCCUGGGCCAAGAAGGCGGGCCAAGGGGGCAGCAGCGGGGCGACGGGAGGUGGCGGCAAGGCCAAGCCGGGGCUGGCCGUCACAGUCACCGAGGGGCGGUGCAACAUGCUGAACAACACAGACUACUGGGGGGAUGCGCUGGUGUGGGGGCACAGCCACAAGACGGAAUCGGCGAUGGAGUGCUGCCAGGCAUGCACCGACUUCAAGCCCGCGGCAGACAAUGAGCAGAUGGAUUGCAACAUCUGGGUGUACUGCGGGGACAAGGCGCUGUGCGGGGCCCACCACAAGGAGUGCUGGCUGAAGCACCUGGCGCACCCGUAUGGCACGGCGCCCGCUAAGGAGGGCCCCGAUGUCGGGUGGACCACCGGGAUACUGGCAGCCAAGGACGAGGCGGCGGCGGAUGUCGGGGGCGGCGGCGGCGCCGAGCGCGCUUUCCACGUGGUGAUCACGGCGGCGGGGUCGGCAGUGCACUGGCAGUCCCGUGUGGGGUACUACUGGUUCAAGAAGAUCAAGAAGCAG